AUGGCGCCAAAGGGGAAGAUGCUCGCCAAAGCAAAGGCAAAGCCUGAGGCUACGCCAAGGCCAUGGCCACCCAAAGUCCCCAUGGGUCCCAUCGAGGACGUGCUGCCACUCAUCGCUGAUGAUGACGAGUCCCUGGACACCUUGAUACUUCCGCCCCCUGGCUUACUCGAUGGAGUUGAUCUGCACUUCGGCCCCGAGGAGAUGGAGUAUGUCUGUCAAUGCCUCGAGAAAAACACAACCGUAACGCAGCUCAAUGCUUCCAUGUCCGCGAUUGGUGAUGCUGGUGCAAAGCACAUCGCAGCGCUACUGGACAAAGAUGACAAAGGGACGAAGGGGACGAUCGCGCGGCUGUCAUUGAACGGCUGCGGUAUCGGCUCGGAGGGUGCGCGAGCGUUAGCUGACGGGCUGGCCCGGUCUGAUGUGAUGGUUGUCGAGCUGACGAGCAAUCGCAUCGAUGACGCUGGAGGCAAGGCCCUGUUGGAGGCACUACGGCAGAACAAGAAACUAAGGGAGCUGAAGCUGUCUUUCAACCCAAUAUCGCAGGAAAUCGAGGCUGAGAUAGAGAGGGCCCUCCUGCUGCGAUGA